CACCACCACCACCACCACCACCAAUCGAUGGCCGCGCGGUAGAGUCGCUCGUCCCGGUUCAGCAGAUAGGGCCAUGUUUGUUUUGACCGCCGAGCGGAUCAGGACCAACGAGAUCCAGUCAUGCGUCGCGGCCGGGUGCUCGAUCGUCGCCUGCUUGUCCGUCAUCGGUCUCGCGCUAUGGGUGCACUCUGUGCGCUCUGCGCGCAACUUUCUCGACCGGAUCAGUUUCCGGCUCCUCAUUCAUGCGCUGGGCUUUGAGAUCCUGUAUGAUAUUAGCUACCUCGUCGUCGUGGCACCUGGAAUCACGGGCCGCACACCACCGCGCGUAUGCUCGGCCUUUGUAUACUUUAUGAUGGCGUACAUGGGCGUGUACGUCGAUCGUUUAGUCGCCGCACUGACGUUGCACAGCGUCAACUAUCUCGUGUCCUUCAUCGCCGUCAACCUCGCCAUCACCAUUGUCUGGGGCUUGAAUCCCAUCCGGCUGGGCUUGGAAAAAUGGUACAUUGGCAUCUCGAUCUUCAUUGGCAUGUUCAUUCCCAUCAUCCCAGCGGGGCUCGGACACUUUGGAUAUGACCCAGUCUUGGACGUGUGUUGGAUCAAGGCCAAGACACAGAAAGCAAGAAUGCGCAACUUUGUGCUCGACCUGUACUUGUGGCAGCUGUUAUCCUGCCUCUACGCUGUCGCGGCAGUCGUGGCCACCCUCGUGACGCUCUUCCGGCAGGGCCGUGCAACGUCUCGAGCCGUCGCAGGCACCGAGAGCUUCAACCUCACCAUGCUGAGCGGCGAUGAGACAGUCUCGGCAGACUCGGGCGACAAGCCCGCUGCCAAGGCCAGCUUCGUGACGCGCAUGAUUCAGCGCCGCAAAGAGAAGAGAUAUCGGAAGCGCGCGUUGGGAAGGCUAGAGGACAGGUUCGUCAGCAUUGCCCUCCGCAUUGCCGCGUACCCCAUUGCGCUCGUCAUUGUCAACUGCGGUAUUGCAAUCGGCGAUCUCUACAUUUCCUCGACGGGCGGGGUCAGCACGCCCCAAGAGUACGGCCUGUACGUCUUCUACUACUUCCUGUAUGGUGCGAGAGGCUGUGUGUUUGUGUUGUUAUGCGUCUUUGUCGACCCAUGUCUUAUGAACGGGGUCCGCGCAGCGUGGGCGGCGACUUUCCCCAAGGAAUCCACCCUCGACUCGUCAGACGUAAAGAUCGACCUAGGUUCGUCGUCGUUGAACGCAAACCACCCAGGGAUCAACGCACCCUUCGUCUCUGUCAACGACGCAGAGCCCAUGGACAGCAGCAGCAGCAACAACAAGCCACCACCGAGCGGCGGUGGCGACAUGGGCUUUAUGCAGGCUCUGUUUGAGCUCGACGACGAGCCAGAGCUCGACCGCGUCACCCAGGUGUGGGACAAGGACAAGGAGUUCAGUGAGAAGGACGAUCUCGCGCUCGAACCGACCAAGGCGGUGCCAAAGCGGUCAAAGCUGUUUGGCAUCAGGUGGAAGAAGCCAGUCGCGGGCGACCACGACGCCGCCGGCGGUGUCGGGCCAGGUCAUGGCGGCAAGCUCAGCCUCGUCACGAGUAAUCGCUCGGGCAAGCCGCCUCCACUCAGCCCCCCACCCACCCCCAACCGCAGUCUCGCGUCGCCCGCCUCUGCGCGAUCACCCAGCCCACCAUCAAGCAGACCUCCAAGCCGGGCGACCAACCAGCCGAGCAGGAACACGACCCAGGCAGCGGCCACGCCAACACAGUACUCUAGCGCCUUUGCGGGCGUGCCCCUCGGCGCCCUUCCGGUCGGUCUCGACGACGGUGCCGACGACGUCGUGAAUCGCGAUGCGCUCGACCACGCCAAGACGGUCGCGGCGCUUGAGCGGCUCCUCGCUGCGCCAGUGUCCCAGACGCCGGGAAGCGUGGGCAGCGCGUCCAACAUUGUGGACCGUCUCGCGCUUGUCGACAAGCUCAGCCGUCGCCUCGAGCGGGUGGAAGGGCGCGCCGGGCGCGGGUCGCUUUCCGGGUCUGCGACGCCCCGCAGCCCUGCGUCAGUGCAUGCCCCGUCGCGGACAACAUCGCGCGUCGACGGGGUAGACCACCACCAGCGCGGCGCCGUGCCACAGUCCGUGUCGCGUAACACUGACCCGCGGCGCGGGUCACUUGCGUCUGGUGUCGGCGUCGGCACAGGGCGCGGUCGCACCUCGGGUCUCAUGUCGCCCCGCAACGCCGAGGAAGAGCGCCGGCAGCGGCGUGACCGGGCGAUGGAGCUCGCCGAGAGGCUGUACGAGGAGUUGGAGUCGCAGCUUUAGGUUUGCGGCGUUGGCGGCGGGUGGUGUGCGGCCGUGGGUGACGGCCGUGGGGAUACGGGUGCGUGGGAGACCCAAAGGUGACGCGACGACCCUGUCACUGUCUGGGCCCUUUGGGUUCCCUGCCAGCAGUGUAUUGAUAGAAAUGCCCCCCCUGCCCCCACUGGCAGGGGACCUACUUAUAUUAUCAGCAUCCAAGUCUGUACAAUGUAUAAGUGAUUACGAG